AUGGAACGAGUAUAUGCAGCUCUAUCGAUAUCACUUAUUACCAACAAGAGACUUGCUAUAUGUUGUGACAAUGCAACAGAAUCUAUAAACCACUUUGUUGAGGGUAUUCUACAGCAAAGUGGAUUCAAUGAACUACAAUAUGCAGUGAUUGAUUUACUUGAAUGCAAGACUAUUGAAAAUAUCCUACGUCAAGCAACAAUUGAUAAUAAUGAUGCCCUUAAGUUCAAGAAUGUGAUAUUGUGGCAAAACCUACAACAUCUAGACGAAAUACGACAGAAAGAAUUAUACAGACUAAUCUUGCAAAUUGAAGACUACAACAAAAGCUCAUACAAAUGUAACGACCAACCGGUGACCAUAAGCACCCAUGGGAAGGCAUUCAAGGUUUUCAAACCUCAGUUGUUCACCAUCAUUCCAUUCUUGGAGUAUAACCUAUACGACAAUAAGAUUUAUCCAUAUUUAAAAGAGAUGCUUUGGUCAAGUGUAACAUUCCCACCUGUCAAUGAAUACAACGAAUACAACGAAUACAACGAAUACAACGAAUACAACGAAUACGUACAUUUCAUGCCCAAUUAUGAAUCAAUAAUACUUCAACUAAGGUCAAAGAUUGAUACUGUGUUCAUGAGCCCCAAUAUCAAAAGUUACAUAUACUCAUUGAUCGUAUUUAUUAGAUGCCAUCGGUUGGCAUCAUUGGCUCCAAAACUGGUGCGGGUGCCAACAGCUACAAUAUCAUAUGUACAGGACUACUGUAAGUCUUUGGUACUUUGGCGAAGGCAGCUACAAUUAAGCCGAACUAGCAUGACUGAUACAGCAGUAUCUAACGAAGAAAAUGAAUUGGAAAAAACCGCUACUGCUGCUGUGGACUUGGAAUUGGAAAAAGAGACAGAGUUGUUCGUGACACCAGAAUAUGUUAAAAUUGCCAUCAAAAAUAUCGGCUACUGGUUGGUUGAUUGGGAGGCUAAUCGAAAAUUUGCUAACACUGAUGAUCUAAAAUUCAAUAAAAAUGGUUCAGAUAAGGCUCAAUUUGAAAUUUUGGAUAAUAAGAAAUUGGAGAUUUCAAUGCUAACGGGAGAUUGGUAUGGAAGUGAAUAUUAUUGCGCAAAUGAACUUCUCAAAGGUUAUAAAGCUAUUAGGGAUUAUGACAGUCCAACAGGGAUGACAAAUCGGAUAGUAGACGAUGCUAUUGAAGAAGUUAGACCUCCAUUGUAG